AUGGCUCUCAAGAGAAUCAACAAGGAACUCACCGACCUGGGCCGCCCAAACGAUUGGGUGGGGCGCUGGAAGCGGGUCGGCCACAUCCUCUUUGAGCGCAUCCCUUGCCUGAUGCCGUGGAUAUUCGACGAUGAUAGCUCGUGCUACGAUUCCCCCAAGGUCAACUUCACCACCCGCAUCUACCACCCCAACAUCAACUCCAAUGGCAGCAUCUGCCUCGACAUUCUACGAGACCAGUGGAGCCCGGCUCUGACCAUUUCGAAAGUCCUCCUUUCGAUCUGCUCCAUGCUUACCGACCCCAACCCCGAUGACCCCCUUGUUCCCGAGAUCGCCCACGUGUACAAGACAGACCGAGCCCGGUAUGAGGCUACAGCUAGGGAAUGGACUCGCAAGUACGCUGUUUAA